AUGACGACCCCGCUACUAACGGAGUUUCCUGAACUAUCCAGUCUCUCACGAGAAGAUCUAGAGGAUUUACUGUCCGAUCCUGUUUACUUCCAAGCCAUAUUUCACUCUCUGUCGCGCGUCAAGGCCAUGUAUCAGGCGCAAGCGGAGUUAGGAAUGGCUAACGAGUCCAUCGCAAAGCGCAAUCUAUCCUUGCAAGAGCCCCUCCAUAGGCUGCGCACAGAAACAAAAGAGGCAUUUGACGACGCGAAAAAUCUAGAAGAACGCUGGAAGGUUGUUGAGAGAGACCAGCGGGAAGUCUAUCAGCGAUUCAGCCCCCAGUUUCUGCUGAUGCGACUAAAGCAUAGUAAGACUGCGCAAGACGAUGCGUCCGAAGAGCUUGCAUCAUCCUUUGUUCAACAAUCUGCGAGUGUGGGCGGUACAGGGACGCCAAACGGGAAGGAGGUCGAUGAUUUCAUCAAGGAGUACAAGGAGUUGAGAAAAACAUAUCACAAGAGAGCGAUGUGGGAGGAUCGCUGGUCAUCAGGACAGGUUCACUGGAGAGAGGAUUGA